CAAAACCCCCCGCCGACCCAGCGGGUCCCCGCCGCCGCCGCCGCCCUUCGCGUCCUGGGCCAUCUCCCUCCCGCCUCCCUCCGCGGAUCAGCCAGACAGCGAGGGCCCCGGCCGGGGGCAGGGGGGACGCCCCGUCCGGGGCACCCCCCGGCUCUGAGCUGCCCGCUGGGCCAGCCUCGGCCCGGAGCGGAGGAAGGAGUCGCCGAGGAGCAGCCCGAGGCCCCAGAGUCUGAGACCAGCCGCCGCCACAGCCGCCCCCGCCACUGCGGGGAGGAGGGGGAGGAGGAGCGGGAGGAGGGACGAGCUGGUCGGGAGAAGAGGAAAAAAACUUUUGAGACUUUUCCGUUGCCGCUGGGAGCCGGAGGCGCGGGGACCUCUUGGCGCGACGCUACCCCGUGAGGAGGCAGGACUUGGGGACCCCAGACCGCCUCCCCUCACCGCCGGGGACGCUUGCUCCCUCCCUGCCCCCUACACGGCGUCCCUCAGGCGCCCCCAUUCCGGACCAGCCCUCGGGAGUCGCCGACCCGGCCUCCCGCAAAGACUUUUCCCCAGACCUCGGGCGCACCCCGCUGCACACCGCGUUCAUCUCCGGCCUGUCUCCCGAGUCCCCGCGCAUCCUAGACCCUUUCUCCUCCAGGAGACGGAUCUCUCUCCGACCUGCCACAGAUCCCCUAUUCAAGACCACCCACUUUCUGGUACCAGAUCUUGCUCAUCUAGGUUAUUUCCGUAGGAUACUGAGACACCCCGGUCAGAGCUUCCCCUCCACAACUGCGUCCUGAGGACCUCAACUUUCCCUCGAGGCCCUCCUGCCUUUUCCCAGGAGACCCCCAGCCCCUGCGGGGGCCCCACCGCGUUAGCCCUGUUCGCACUCUCGACAGUGCCGGGGGGCGCCGCCUCCCCCAUGCCGCCCUCCGGGCUGCGGCUGCUGCCGCUGCUGCUGCCGCUGCUGUGGCUACUGGUGCUGACGCUCGGCCGGCCGGCCGCGGGACUAUCCACCUGCAAGACCAUCGACAUGGAGCUGGUGAAGCGGAAGCGCAUCGAGGCCAUCCGCGGCCAGAUCCUGUCCAAGCUGCGGCUCGCCAGCCCCCCGAACCAGGCGGAGGUGCCGCCGGGCCCGCUGCCCGAGGCCGUGCUCGCCCUGUACAACAGCACCCGCGACCGGGUGGCCGGCGAGAGCGCCGAGCCGGAGCCCGAGCCAGAGGCCGACUACUACGCCAAGGAGGUCACCCGCGUGCUCAUGGUGGAAACCCACCACGAAAUCUAUGACAAGUUCAAGCACAGCACACACAGCAUAUAUAUGUUCUUCAACACAUCAGAGCUCCGAGAAGCAGUACCUGAACCCGUGUUGCUCUCCCGGGCAGAGCUGCGUCUGCUGAGGCUCAAGUUAAAAGCGGAGCAGCACGUGGAGCUGUACCAGAAAUACAGCAACAAUUCCUGGCGAUACCUCAGCAACCGGCUACUGGCUCCCAGCGACUCGACGGAGUGGUUGUCUUUUGAUGUCACUGGAGUUGUGCGACAGUGGCUGACCCACGGAGGGGAAAUUGAAGGCUUUCGCCUUAGCGCCCACUGCUCCUGUGACAGCCAAGUUAACACACUGCAAGUGGACAUCAACGCAGGGUUCUCUACUGGCCGCCGAGGUGAUCUGGCCACCAUUCAUGGCAUGAACCGGCCUUUCCUGCUCCUCAUGGCCACCCCGCUGGAGAGAGCCCAGCAUCUGCAAAGCUCCCGGCACCGCAGAGCCCUGGACACCAACUACUGCUUCAGCUCCACGGAGAAGAACUGCUGCGUGCGGCAGCUGUACAUUGACUUCCGCAAGGACCUCGGCUGGAAGUGGAUCCAUGAGCCCAAGGGCUACCACGCCAACUUCUGCCUGGGGCCCUGCCCCUAUAUUUGGAGCCUGGACACACAGUACAGCAAGGUCCUGGCCCUGUACAACCAGCAUAACCCGGGUGCCUCAGCGGCGCCGUGCUGUGUGCCGCAGGCGCUGGAGCCGCUGCCCAUCGUGUACUACGUGGGCCGCAAGCCCAAGGUGGAGCAGCUGUCCAACAUGAUCGUGCGCUCCUGCAAGUGCAGCUGAGGCUCCGCCCCUCCCCGCCCCGCCCCGGCAGGCCCGGCCCCGCCCCUCCCCGCCCCACCCCGCCCCCACUGCCUUGCCUAUGGGGGCUGUAUUUAAGGACACCCGUGCCCCAAGCCCACCUGGGGCUCCAUUAAAGGUGGAGAGAGGACUUCG